CUUCAGUAGAUACUCAAAAAAAAAGCAUUUUUUAUGUUUUCAAUUUAUUACUAAUCUUGUUGUUAAUGCGAAAAACACGUAAUUUGUUGGCAAGCAUUUUUUUCCCAACAGUAGUAGUGAGCCUUAUUGUACUGUCACUGCUACGUAUAAAAUUUUUCUUUAUCUCUCGAUAAAUUCAGUGACGUUACACGUAGUGUACUCCGUUUACAUUUUUAUUUGAAUUUAUCGCACAAAAUGUAUUAGUAACUCCACACGGCAGUUAUCGUAUAAAAAAUGGAUUCGAAAGUCGUGUUUUUAUUUCUAACCUAUAUCACUAUCUCACAAACGUUUUAUUUACCCGGCUUGGCCCCCGUUAACUAUUGCAAAAAGGACGAAUCGGAAAAAUGCAAGACCGAAGUACCUUUAUUCGUUAAUAGAUUGAAUACGGAUGAAUCUGUAAUUCCCUAUGAGUAUAGUCAUUUCGAUUUCUGUACAUCAGACAAUGAUAAUAAAUCCCCUGUAGAAAAUUUAGGCCAAGUUGUCUUUGGAGAAAGAAUACGCCCUUCAAGUUACAAGAUUGAGUUUAUGAAAAAUGAAACAUGUAAAUUGUUGUGUAUUAAAAGCUAUAAAGGGGGAAAAACUCAAGAUGAACGUUUAUUAAGUAUUUUACGGAAAGGCAUUAAUUUAAAUUAUCAUCAUCAUUGGAUUAUUGACAAUAUGCCUGUUACGUAUUGUUAUGAUUCUAAUGAAGGACCGUAUUGUAAAACUGGUUUUCCAAUGGGAUGCUACUCAAGGAGUAGUAAAGGAACAUGUUAUCCACCUUUAAAAGAUGGACAUUAUAUUUUUAAUCACGUCGAUUUAACCAUUACUUAUCAUUCGGGUAAACAUGAAGAAUGGGGCUCUACUUUUCAAGAGAUGGGAGGAAGAAUUAUCUCGAUAAAAAUUCAACCUAGAAGUAUACAACAUUCAAAACCUGAUGUUGAUGAUUGUUCUAUAACUGAACACCUUGAAAUACCCACACAACUUAAAAAAGACGAAGAAUUCAUGAUCGCUUACACCUAUACGAUAAAAUUCAUAGAAAACAACACAAUAAAAUGGUCCUCAAGAUGGGAUUACAUCCUUGAAUCUAUGCCCCACACCAAUAUUCAAUGGUUCAGUAUUUUAAAUUCCCUCGUAAUCGUUCUUUUCUUAUCUGGAAUGGUUGCAAUGAUUCUUUUAAGAACAUUACAUAAAGAUAUCGCUCGUUAUAAUCAAAAUGAUAGCGGUGAAGAUGCACAGGAAGAGUUUGGAUGGAAAUUAGUUCAUGGAGAUGUUUUUAGACCUCCAAGAAAAGGGAUGUUACUUUCAGUUUUAUUGGGUAGUGGGGUACAAGUUUUUUGUAUGAGUAUGGUUACUUUGGCGUUCGCCUGUUUGGGUUUUUUGAGUCCUGCUAAUCGAGGGGCACUUAUGACUUGUGCUAUGGUGUUGUUUGUUUUACUUGGAACACCAGCAGGAUAUGUUUCUGCUAGGAUUUAUAAGAGUUUUGGUGGGGAAAAAUGGAAGUCAAAUGUGCUUUUAACAUCGAUGCUUUGUCCAGGAGUUGUGUUUGGAUUAUUUUUUAUAAUGAAUUUAGUACUUUGGGGCGAAGAUAGUUCUGCUGCGGUACCGUUCACCACACUCCUAGCUCUGUUAGGACUUUGGUUUGGUGUAUCUGUACCCUUAACUUUUGUUGGAGCUUAUUUUGGUUUUAGAAAAAGGGCGAUUGAACAUCCUGUAAGAACCAAUCAAAUACCAAGAUUGAUUCCAGAACAAUCUGUUUACACUCAAGCUGUUCCUGGAAUAAUAAUGGGAGGAGUGUUACCGUUUGGUUGUAUUUUUAUACAAUUAUUUUUCAUUUUGAACUCGAUUUGGUCAUCACAAAUGUACUACAUGUUUGGAUUUCUUUUCUUGGUGUUUAUAAUUUUAGCAAUAACCUGUGCUGAAACAACAAUACUUCUUUGUUAUUUUCAUCUUUGCGCGGAAGAUUAUCAUUGGUGGUGGAGGUCCUAUUUAACAUCCGGAUUUACAGCGGUUUACCUUUUCUUUUAUUGCUGCCAUUAUUUCUUUACGAAACUCCAAAUAGAAGGAGCCGCGUCAGGAUUUCUAUAUUUCGGAUACACUUUACUGAUGGUGUUUCUGUUUAAUUUAUUAACAGGCACGAUUGGUUUCUUCGCGUGUUUCUGGUUUAUCCGGAAAAUAUACAGUGUGGUAAAGGUAGACUGAAAACAUUUUUAAUUGUUCUACUUUCGGCGUAACAAUUUUUGUUAUUAAAAUUAAUCAUCGUAAGUGUAUUAUAUCGAUGUGUGACUUUAAUCGGACACUUUAUUAUUAUUUUUUUUUCGAAAAUUAUUUUUAAAUAAUGAAUUGGAGAGCUCACUAAGUGCUAACAUGUUUCAGUAUUGCCUUUAUACUUGUCACUAUGUACUUUUUUUUUAGUUUUGAAAACGAGAAGAUACAGUUGCAUGUUAUUAUAAUUAUUUGUAUUUAGGUUAUAACUUGUACAUUUGUGAAUUUAAUAAAUGUGUUACUACACUAAAAA